UUCUCUUCAACCUUGAAACCCUUAGGUUUCUCUCAUUUCUUCGACCAUGGCUGUUCCGCCGACGGCCGCCACCGUCGCGGACGCCGUCUACCAAAUUCAGCAAGCGCUCCUUAAUGGCGCCGCCCGAUCCGAACACCAUCUACUCGUCGCCGCCGCCCUCCUGUCCCGGUCCGACUACGAGGACGUCGUCGUGGAGCUAUCCAUCGCCGACGUCUGCGGCUACCCGCUCUGCCGCAACCCUCUCCCCUCCGACCGCCAAAAGAGGGGCCGGUAUCGCAUUUCACUCCGCGAGCACAAGGUCUACGACCUCGAGGAGACCUACAAGUACUGCUGUGAGGCUUGCGUCGUCUCUAGUCGCGCCUUCUCGGCGACCCUCAGCAGCGAGAGGAGCUCAGACGUGAGUGCCUCCAAGAUUGAAGAGAUCCUGGGCUUGUUCCGACGCCAGGAAUCAUCCGAUGGGGAUUUGGGGAUGGACGGGGAUUUGGGGAUUUCGAGUUUGACUAUUCGGGAGAGGAGCGACGCGGAAAAAGGAGAGGUUUCUCUGGACGAAUGGAUUGGACCAUCUAAUGCUAUCGAGGGCUAUGUUCCUAAUUACGACCGCAACCGAGGUGGAGUCAAACAGAAUCAGAAGCCCAAGAAGAAAGUAGAAGAUGCUGCACCUGGUGAAGUUGAAUUUGAAAGUGCUGUAAUCCUCGAAAAUGAGGAUGAUGGACUUGCUUACUCAUCCCGUGGUACAGUAGAUGCCUCAGAAGCAAUAGCUAAGAAGUUGGAAGAGGUUCUUCUUGAGGAGAAAAAGGCAAAGACAACCAAAUCUGCAUCAAAAUCUUCUAAAUCUAAGGCGAGCAAACACUCAAAGAAGAACAAGACACACAAGGUGGAGUUCAUGAGCACCAUAAUUGUUGGUGAGCAGGUUCCUCCUGGGUCAUCUGCUGCAGCUCAAAAUACUCCAAAGCUGGACUAUACUAGUACAACAUUUGUUGGUGAUAAGGAGUCGCUGAUAUCAGAAUUGGACAGUGGGAUUCACAUGGAAAGUACAACAGGUUCUCAGAAGGUUGCAUAUGAAUUUGAAAAGAAGGUUUCCAUGGACAAGGGGUCUGUGUUGAAAUCGUCUCUUAAGACUUCAAGGUCCAAAAAUGCUGGUAGGUCUGUCAAAUGGGCUGAUGAGAGAGAAAACAUGGCUCAGGAAGAAAGAAAAGAUGACCUUAAAAGUAGUACGAAACCUGAAGAAUCACAAGUUGAAGAUGACAGCUCUUUAAGAUUUGCAUCAGCUGAGGCUUGUGCAGCUGCACUUACUCAGGCAGCAGAGGCUGUUGCUUCAGGCAUCGCUGAAGCUGGAGAUGCAGCUUCUGAGGCUGGAAUUGUUAUCUUACCACAACCAAAACGUGUUGAUGAGGGGGAUGUCGAGGAAGAUGAGGAUACAUUCGAAUUUGAUAGGGGAUAUGUCAAGUGGCCUAAGAAGACUGUGCUUCUCGACACAGACAUGUUUGAUGUUGAAGACUCAUGGCAUGACACUCCACCUGAAGGUUUCGAUUUGAAAUUAUCAUCAUUUGCCACAAUGUGGAUGGCACUUUUUGGAUGGAUAACAUGUUCUUCUUUGGCUUAUAUAUAUGGAUGUGACAAAAGUUCACAGGAGGAUUUCUUGUAUGUUAAUGGGAGGGAAUACCCUCACAAGAUAAUCUUGAAAGAUGGUCACUCAUCUGAGAUAAGACGAACUAUUGAUGGAUGUAUUUGCCGUGCCUUGUCAGGGCUUGUCAUGGAAAUUAGUUUGCCAGUUCCACUUUCAACUUUGGAGAGAACUGUGGGAUGCUUGCUCGAUACAAUGUCAUUUGUAGAUGCACUGCCUUCCUUCAAACUCGAGCAAUGGCAAGUUGUUGUCCUUUUGUUUCUUGAUGCCCUUUCCGUGCACAGACUGCCAUCCUUGGCUUCAGAAGUGACAAAUAUGGAUUUGCUGCUACACAAGGUGUUGAAUCCUGCCGAGGUUAGCAGCCAGGAGUAUGACUCCAUGAGAGAUCUAUUUACUCCAUUAGGCAGGUCUUCUGACAUUCCAAUAUAAAGAGGUGGAUAAUGAAAGCAUGGACUCCUUGCAGUGACUCAUCAUAUAUCAAAUGGCUCUAUGUAAAGUGUAGUGGUAUUAGUUUCUUGUUGGACCCUCCUCUGGGUAAUAGAAUUUGAUAUAAUAUGACUAGAUAAUAUUGUCCAGCAAUCAAAGGACUAGACAAUAGAACUCAAGAAUCACUCUAGCCCUAUAAAAGGGUCAUUGGACCUUCAUUUUCUUCACACUUAUUGUGUGGUUGACUCUCUAGAUCUUUGAGUUUUAAAACUAUUAAAUCUACUUAUAAGUCUAUCUCAAGUUGGGAUGAGCAGAAAAUCUAUGUCAAGACCUUACAAAAUUAUGUUGGGAGAGUAUCUAAGAGGGUUUUUUUAGUACUCAAGUUAGUUCAUGUUUAGAGGAUCUCUAGUCAAAUGUUGAAAUUAUAAGAUGUAAUUUAUAUUAGAAUCUAUCAUAUGCUCAAUAAUAUACCUGUCUGGUCUUUUUGUAGUGUUA